GCCCCGCCAGCCGCCGCCGCCUGCGUCCUCCUUUGCGGCAUUCUGUGACAUUGAGUGCUCCCGCGCCUCCGCCUUCCCCGAGGCGCCGUGCCGGUCGGCGGAGUAGGCGGCCAUGGGGAGCCUCCGCGGCCUGCGCCUGGCGGCGGGAAAUUGUUUUAGGUUAUGUGAAAGAGAUGCUUCCUCAUCUGUAAGGCUCACCAGAAACUCUGAUUGGAAGAGAAUAAAUGGAUUUUGCACCAAACCCCAGGAAAGUCCAAAGCCUCCAUCCCAGACUUACAGCCACAGAGUGCCAUUACACAAGCCUACGGAUUGGGAGAGGAAGAUCCUGAUAUGGGCAGGUCGCUUCAAAAAGGAAGAUGAAAUCCCAGAGACUAUCUCGUUUGAGAUGCUUGAUGCUGCAAAGAACAAGCUCCGGGUGAAGAUCAGCUAUGUAAUGAUUGCCCUGACAGUGGUGGGAUGCGUCUUAAUGGUUAUUGAGGGCAAGCAGCAUGUCGGCAACCACCCAUCAGCACCCCUGGGGCCGAGCACGCCUCUCUUCCAUACAACUCCAGACCCGGGUGGAGGCAGGCCUGAGCAGCUCCCCAGGGUGAGACCCUUCUCCCUGACAGCAGCAGCACCGUCUCCGCUAAACCCACCCGCCUGGCUCUGCCCUGGCCCAGCCCCCACUCCACUCCAGGAGAUUGGAGCCCCACCCUGAGCAGGCUGUCAAAAGACACGAGUCUUUAACAAGCCUGAACUUAGAAAAGAAAGCUCGUCUGAGAGAGGAAGCUAUGA